CCAAAUCGGUGCGCACUCACAGCGACAUCAGGAACAGACGACCAGACAGGUAGAAUACUAGCGACACAAUGAGGGAAAUCGUACAUAUGCAGGCCGGCCAAUGUGGCAACCAGAUCGGAGCCAAGUUCUGGGAGGUUAUUUCUGAUGAACACGGAAUUGACCCCACCGGUACAUACCACGGAGAUUCCGACCUUCAGUUGGAGAGGAUCAACGUGUACUACAAUGAGGCCACAGGAGGUAAAUAUGUUCCUCGUGCUGUCUUGGUGGAUUUGGAGCCUGGAACCAUGGACUCUGUCAGAUCUGGUCCUUUUGGACAAAUCUUCAGACCAGACAACUUUGUGUUCGGACAGAGUGGUGCUGGAAACAACUGGGCUAAGGGGCAUUACACAGAAGGUGCUGAGCUCGUAGACUCUGUUCUUGAUGUUGUUCGCAAGGAAUCAGAAAGUUGUGAUUGUCUUCAGGGAUUCCAGCUUACACAUUCUCUUGGUGGUGGUACCGGAUCCGGAAUGGGAACCCUCCUCAUCUCCAAAAUCCGUGAAGAAUAUCCAGACAGAAUCAUGAACACAUUCUCUGUUGUACCAUCACCAAAGGUAUCGGACACUGUGGUCGAGCCAUACAAUGCCACUCUCUCGGUUCAUCAGCUUGUUGAGAAUACAGACGAGACAUUCUGCAUCGAUAACGAGGCUCUCUACGACAUCUGCUUCCGGACCCUUAAACUGACCACUCCCACAUACGGUGACUUGAACCAUCUCGUCUCCGCCACCAUGUCCGGAGUCACCACCUGUCUCCGAUUCCCCGGUCAACUGAACGCCGAUCUCCGUAAAUUGGCUGUCAACAUGGUUCCCUUCCCCCGUCUCCAUUUCUUCAUGCCUGGUUUCGCUCCUCUUACAUCUCGUGGUAGCCAGCAGUACAGGGCUCUUACCGUCCCAGAGCUGACCCAACAGAUGUUCGACGCCAAGAACAUGAUGGCUGCCUGUGAUCCUCGUCAUGGACGUUAUCUAACAGUUGCAGCCAUGUACCGUGGUCGUAUGUCCAUGAAGGAGGUGGAUGAACAGCUCUUGAAUGUCCAGAACAAGAACAGCAGCUACUUCGUUGAAUGGAUCCCAAACAACGUCAAGACCGCCGUCUGUGACAUCCCGCCACGUGGUCUUAAGAUGUCUGCUACCUUCAUUGGUAACAGCACCGCCAUCCAGGAGCUGUUCAAACGUAUCUCCGAGCAGUUUACCGCUAUGUUCCGUCGUAAGGCUUUCUUGCAUUGGUACACUGGUGAGGGUAUGGACGAGAUGGAGUUCACAGAGGCCGAAUCCAACAUGAACGACUUGGUGUCCGAGUACCAACAGUACCAGGAUGCCACAGCCGAGGAGGAGGGAGAGUUUGAGGAGGAGGAAGGCGAGGAAGCUUAAUCCAUGUGAACCAAAAUAUUACUAAAUUCCCCAAAAAGCCUAAUUUUACUGAAAAAUAAUCUGAACUUAAAGGAGGGGGAGUUUGACGAGGAGGAGGCCGAGGGCGAGGAAGCAUAAUUCGCUUGAAUAAAGCCAUUUCAACACUCUCCGAUCAGUCUAUCGAUACCGAAAAGUAACGUCAACGUACAAUUUUAUAUAAUACAAUGAAGUAAGAUCACUACGAAAAGUCGCUAAACAUGGCGAAAUUGGCAAUCGGACAACUUCAUUGUGUUCCUAAGAAUCUUGCCAAACCAUUGCAGAUUCUGGACUACAUCCAGGUUUGAAAACUAUGCAUGUAACUCUUGCCAACAUACAUGACGUUUACCAAAAAUGGGAAUAUCUCCACAGACUGGAAAGGAGAUGUUGUAAUAAUCAUCCAAAAUUAAAAAUAGGACCAAAACGAUU